AUGCCGGACGUCAGGUCGGAUUCGGGGCUGGGCCUACGUUUUAUCGACUUGAACGACAAUGAGGACGACAACAGUCCAUGCAAAGGUCUGAGGCGUCUGAGAAGCCAUGACCGUGCCGUCAAACUACCGCCUCCUUCGACGCCGCACGUUGCCACGCCUAAACCCUCCUCACCGCAAGCCUCAUCGCCCUCUCUGCCUUCAACUCUGAGUUUCCGCGGCUUCUCACCGCUGUCACCGCCGCGCAAACAGUUUUCCACCACCAGCCAGCAAUUCUCGACGCCAGUCGCUAAGAGCCCCUUGGCCCGGUCCUGGACUGAAGACGACCUCACGGCAUCCGUUCAUUCAGACGAAAAUGGCACCCAGACCACCAGAGACACUCUUGGGCUAGUCCAGCGACUCAAUGAAUUAGCGGAAAAGCUGCUGGCGGGCGAGGAAGUGCCGGACACCAGCGUUAGCGCCAUGCAUGGCAAGCUUGACGAGAUCGAAGGUGUCAUGACUGGCGAGGUUCAUGUGGCUCAAGAGACACCCCAAGGCAAGCCUAAGACGUGGCCGGCGGUUGAGCAGAUUGAGCAAGAGCAUGAAUCUCUGUGGACCUCACCUUCACCGUCAUGGUUUCGCUCUGGACUAUCGGAUAUCUCACCCUCAUGGCGGAGCUCAUUCAGAAGAGACACCCCUUCUCCUGAACCUACCAUCGAGAAAAAACCCGCUGUCGACGCUUUCCGCAUCGCAUCUGAGGCGGCCAAGCUCAACAUCGAAUUGGAAACCCUCAUGACGAACCUCAAGGCCCGACAAGAGGAAUCGGAGCAUAUCCACCAGCUACUUGUCACCCGCGCAGAACGCGCAGCACAACGCAUCAUUUUUCUUCAGUCAAGAGUCCGGAAUUUGGAAGAAGAGCUUCAAGAAAACGACUCGGAGCUCACUUACCUUCGUCUGGGUCUCAAGGCUAUUGAAGUACAGCUACCCUUGGAUGUUGAUCCCGACCUCAACCAAAGUAUUCUGAACUGGAAGGCCGACUGGACUGCCCUCAAACGAAAACGCGCCAAGAACAAGAGCUAUGAUCGCUCGGCUUACAGCACACCUCUCGGCACACCGAUACGACCCCCGCGAUGA